CCUCCAGACACGAAAAAAGCUUAUCAUACGCGACAAUUGCAGCUGUUAUUACCGAACUGUGCAUAUUUGAAACGAAAGUAGGACUUUGUGUUGGAUAUAUAGUUGUGAGCUUAUAGUCGUGCUAUUUUCUACUGUUCGUUGUCUCCAUAUCCUUCACUAUACUAUAACAAUGUCGACCGACAUUCCGUAUGUGAUCAGCAAUAUAACCGCCCCGGAGAGUCUUCCCCCAGCCGUGGUGGUGUUGACGAUGGUCAGCUGCCUUUUCUCCGCGGUGGGCGCGGUGGUGAUUUUCGUGGCGUAUUACGUGGUGGAGGAGGCACGGAAUCAGACCCGGCGACUUCUGUUCUACAUAACCAUAGCUGAUCUGCUCACUUGUCUUGGGAAUCUCAUUGGAUCCAUCCGAUAUUUUAAUCGAGAUGAGGAUGAUUACGUGAACAAAGCUGAGAAUAUGGCACUGGACUGUAGCAGGACAGAUAGUGUCUGUAUGGUACAGAGUUUUGUUACCACAUUCUCUACACUGGCAUCUUUCUUUUGGACAUGCAUUAUCAUGCUGCACAUUCUUAUGACGCUCUACACUAGAAGGGAGUGGACGGGGUUCUACAAACGUGUCCUCUUUCAUAUUAUAUCAUGGGGUGUACCUAUGAUGAUAACCUUAACAGCAGCUUUCUGUGGAGCUCUCGGAGAAGAUUUUUCUAUCAGUACUGGACCCUGGUGCUGGAUCAAAGGUUGUCUACCUUCAUCAAAAGUGGUCACGUGGAUGUUUGUCACUGCCAAAUUCUGGGAACUCUCUACUUACGUUCUGACAACAGCAUUCUAUCUGUUGAUUAAAUUUGUACUGUGGAGGAGACAGGUUCUUUCCUUCAGACAGAGGAGCAAUGACAAUCUUCGUGACGAGGACCAGCUGUACACCAUGAUAUUCCUCGUUCUCAUUCCUCUAAGGAUCUUCGGAACUGGUCGCUUCUUCAUCGCUUACCACAAAACUCUAACCAACAACUCACUUGUUAAAUUUGGCACUAUCGACCAUGUUCUCCUUUACCUUCAGAGUAUUGGUGACAGUGGCCAAGCUUUCUGUAACUGUAUCCUCUUUUGUGCGAGAGACGGUGUCGUUCGCAAUGGUUUAAUUAACAAAUUCAGACAUACAUGUCAGUGUCAACAUAAUGAUGAAACUGAGAGACUAUUGCCAAAUACUCCUGUUAAUUAGGCAUCUACAUUUGACAUUGUCGACAAAGUAUUGAAUCUCUAAGACUAUUGCACACUUCAUCCGUAAA